AUAUAUAUAUAUAGUCUUUAUAUACACAGAAGAAUAUAAAUGGAUCUUAUUUCUCUCUAUAUAUAUAGCCCCAAAAAAUAAACCUUUAUAAAUUAAGAGCACAUAAAUUAUACUCUCUCAAAAAAAAAAUCAUCAUAAAAAACCCUAGUUCUUUGAUCAAUUUCAAUUCAUAUUAAUUAAUAUAUAUAAUUAACUAUGACAGGUUCUGGUUCUCCUUGUGGAGCUUGCAAAUUCUUGAGAAGAAAAUGUAUAAGAGGUUGCAUUUUCGCACCUUAUUUUUGCCAUGAACAAGGCGCUUCUCACUUCGCCGCCAUUCACAAGGUCUUCGGGGCAAGCAAUGUGUCUAAGCUUCUAACUCACCUUCCCGUCAGUGAUCGUCCUGGGGCCGCCGUAACCAUCUCCUACGAAGCUCAAGCCAGACUCAAAGAUCCCAUCUAUGGUUGCGUUUCACAUAUUUUCGCUCUCCAACAACAGGUUAUUAAUCUACAAGCACAACUAGCAUCAAUCAAGGAACAAGCAGCUCAAAAUUUUGGGAACAACAUUAUUAAUACUACCAAUGGAUUAUUAAACCCUAAUGAAAAGUACAUUAAAGAUGUGCAAAAUUGGUUUCAAUUAGAAACUAAUAACAUGAUGAUGAAGAUGCCUAAUGCCAACAACAAUAUUAUGGUGACAAGUGAUAAUAAUCAUAAUCAUGAUCAUCAUGAUCACAUGAUGAUGAUGAUGAUGAUGAACCCUAAUUACAAUAUUGAUCAUCAUGAGAACAAGGUGCAGCCAUUGAUUAAUAAUUCUAACUCAGGUGGGAGUAGUAGUACUAGUAAUUGUGACAAUAAUUCUAUGUUUGGAUCAGAAGAAAAUAAUAACAAUAAUAAUGAACAAUUUUAUGGUAAUAGUAAUAAUAAUUUGGGAAGAUUUGAUGAAGCUUAUCACUUCAUGUCUUCACUCGAUACCCUUCAAGCGGUUCAUGACUACUCAGAUCACGAUCUUCAUCUUCAUCAUCAUCAUCAUCGUCGUCAUCACUAUGAGUCGGUGCCCUAUAAUAGUUAUAAUCGCCAUUGA